CCCCGGCCCCGGUGCUCCCGGUCCCGGUCCCGGUCCUGGUCCCGGUCCUGGUCCUGCUGCUCUCCCCGGGCCCUGCCAGCCGGCUGACCCAAACUGAGUUUUUUCUAAACAUCAUGGGAGAGAUUAAAGUCUCUCCUGACUAUAACUGGUUCAGAAGCACAGUUCCUCUUAAAAAGAUUAUAGUGGAUGAUGAUGACAGCAAGGUCUGGUCACUGUACGAUGCAGGGCCAAGGAGCAUUCGCUGCCCUCUCAUAUUUCUCCCUCCUGUGAGUGGGACUGCAGAUGUGUUUUUCCAGCAAAUUCUGGCACUGACUGGAUGGGGCUACAGAGUUAUUGCUUUGCAGUAUCCAGUGUACUGGGAUCACCUUGAGUUCUGUGAUGGAUUCAGGAAACUCUUAGACCACCUUCAGCUGGAUAAAGUUCACCUUUUUGGAGCUUCUCUGGGAGGCUUUCUGGCUCAGAAGUUUGCUGAAUACACACACAAAUCUCCCAGAGUCCAAUCUCUGAUCUUGUGUAAUGCCUUUAGUGACACUUCUAUUUUCAAUCAGACGUGGACAGCAAACAGCUUUUGGCUGAUGCCUGCUUUUAUGCUGAAAAAAAUUGUCCUUGGGAAUUUUGCAUCUGGUCCUCUAGAUCCUGAGAUGGCUGAUGGGAUUGAUUUCAUGGUGGACAGGCUGGAGAGCCUGGGCCAGAGCGAGCUGGCCUCAAGACUCACCCUCAACUGCCAGAACUCCUACGUAGAACCUCACAAAAUCCGAGACAUCCCUGUAACCAUUAUGGAUGUGUUCGACCAAAGCGCGCUUUCAACAGAAGCAAAAGAGGAAAUGUAUAAGCUUUACCCUAAUGCCAGAAGAGCUCACCUCAAAACAGGAGGCAACUUCCCCUACCUCUGCAGGAGUGCUGAGGUCAACUUGUACAUUCAAAUCCAUUUGCUGCAGUUCCAUGGCACCCGGUACGCAGCCAUUGAUCCCUCCAUGGUCAGUGCAGAGGAGCUGGAAGUCCAGAAGAUCAGCCUUCACACCAGCAACGAGCACGAGGAGCAGUAGGCUUGGGAGUGCCAGUGGAACAGAGGCAUUGGUUUGGUGGUCUUCCUGUGUACAAUCAGCUGUUCCCACUCUGCCUUUCCCUUGUGUUAGCCGAUUAUCACUGUGUGAUUCCAACAGGAUCAACAGUCAGUGAACUACCCGUGGACAGCAACCUCCAGCAGUGUAAUGGGAUAGAUCUGUUUCAGUUUUAGUCUUUGGAUUCAAGGAAGCAUCUUAGAAGACUACACUUUUAAAAAUAAAAGACAUUUUUUCUACCAAAGUCUUCACUGUAUCAUGUUCUUAAGCAGAACGGUAUUUCUUUUUAUAUUUUUCACUUGGCUGUAUAUAUUACCACAUGCAGAUUGUGUACUUAUAAGCUGACCUAUAUUUUUGUUGAAUAUUUGAUUUAAAAGAUGUUUAAGUGUCAAUAUUGCCAUCACUUAUGUGCUUCGUACAUUGUGUUGUAAGUUAGUUUGUUUCUAUUUGAAAUAAAGCAUUUGAAUUUUUAACUUUCUUGCUGCAUAAAAAUGGUUUUCAAUAAAACUUCACUUUCAGCAAGUGUCUCUUGUUUUGACUCCAAGAAAACAGCAGCUGAGCUCACUGCAGUCCUGGUUUGCCUCUACAAACACCUCUGGAAAUGAAGAAAACCAUCACCACCUGCUUGAAUUCCUCUCAAGCUUUAACUAUAAGGUUGUACUGGUUUAGCUCUAAGAAAAAAUGCUGUAGUGUUUUUUUAAUAAAGAUAACAAGAUAUAACUUGCAA